AUGUCAUCAUCAAGAGAACAGACCAACACAAGCAUGCCGUCCACAUCUGACCUAAAGACGGUUGUUGUACACACCUCUACUUGGCCCAGUUUCUCCACCAGUACGUACAUGCGCAAUUUUCGAUACCAUGUUGAUCUCAAGGAAGAGGAAUUCACUUGUUAUGUGUUAACGAAUGAGAGGAUUUUGGUGAGAAUGACAUAUGAGUAUUCUUGGCCUACCAAUAUGUUGGCUCGAUGGGAAUUGGAAAGUUCGGAGGAUGAAUUGGAUGCGGGAGACUCGUAUCAGAGGACCAUGAUUGAUUGUUACGAUCCCCCUAUACCCUCAGCAAGCGCUAUUGUCAGGUGGGCUUAUCUCCAUGAAUUGACGGAACAUGAGUGCAAGAUUGGAGCAACAGUGACAUUACCGAUUGACAAAAAGACCUUCGUCAGAGUUCUUGAAAAGGAAAGAACAAAUUUGCAAUGUAUGUUUGGUGAGACCUUUGGGGAAUUUGCGUUUGCGCAAGGUCUUGACAUAAAUCGGAUGAGUGAACACUUGGGAGAUUUCGUGCAGACGAACAAAACGUCAUUAUUUCCAUUGGUUUACGUUGAGAAGGAAGACGAGUCGGAGGAUAUCAAGCACGAAUGUGAUGAGUCGGAAGAUAUCAAACAGGAAGAAGAUGAGCGGGAGGACGUGGACUGGGAGACGCUUCAAGUAGAGGAUAUGAAGGUGGAAGAGGAUGAGAAAGAAGAUUGGGGGGGAGUGGAUUAUGACUGGACGGAGAUUACUCACGAAGAUAUGAAGAAGGAAGACGACGACUUUUGA